CGUCUGUAAAUAAGUUCGCCACCCACUCUCUCCUUCCUUCCAUCCCAUCAUUUAUUAGAAUAAUAAUCUUAAUCAUAAUUUCACCCCUGCACCACCAGCCCACCCACCCUAAUGCUCGACCGCCUCUCGCGCUUUUACCGCCUCAACACAGGCUACGAAAAGACCCUCCGUCUCAUCCAGGCAUUAUGCCUCGUGGCACUAGAGAUCGGCUCUCUGGACAGCACCACGGCCAAACGAGUAUCAGCCGCUAAAUCCCAACUAGCAUUGAUCCGCCGUUGCAUCCGCUUCUGGAAUUUCCUGGACUGCUUCAACCGCGUCUCCUCGCUCCUGGGGCAAGACGUCCCAAAUCCCCGCAAGAAGAGCCACGCUGCCGCUGCAUCGCCUACGGGCUUCUUGUGGUGGCUCGAGGUCGCCAAGUGGAGUUGCUUCGGGGUGUAUUUCCUCCUCGAGGAUUUGACCUUGGUGAGCUGCCUUUCAACCCCCCCUGUUGUGUAUUUCUCUUGCUGGGCUUCGCCCUUCUGAACCCUGAUUGGAGCUCGUGUCAUGGAGGAGUGAGGUUUUUCUUUGUUGUCUCGGGAGCUGCUCAGGCUUGACACCCCAGAUUCCCAUGCCCUACGCACUAUUCAUCGCCUCACCUCAGCGCGCUCCCCCCCCCUCCGAGAUGAUCCCCUCCGGAGUUGAAUAUGGAUAAACUAACACAACGCCCAAAAGCUCCACGCCGCGGAAAUCUACCCCGUCUCGUGGGCGAAAACGGUGACUGUCGAGGCGUUCAAGUUCUGGUACUAUGCGCUGGCGCUGUCACUCAUCGGAACGGGCUGGGAGUGGUAUUCCGGG